GACUAAAUCCAACCACCCUUGCUUCCUUUCCUCCAUCAACGUUUCGGCCCACUUUUCUCGUUCCUCUUCACGCAUUGCUGUUUAUGGUUCUAUUUUCCUUCUGGCUUACCGGUGUGGACAACCUAUAUUCCCUUCAGAUGAUCCUCUUCGCCAUUCGUGCGCUCCUUGGAUAUGCGUCCCUUAUGCUUUGAAUGCUAAAGUUACUGUUCAUUGUGCGUGUUCUUUCUAUCUCUUCCACUUGAUCUCACAUGGCCUCGUUUCACAGCACUUGGAUGAGAUGUCUUGUACUCAAGGCUGCCGGAAUAGUGUUCUAAGGGUAUUUUGUACUGGAAUGACUCGGAACAACCCAUGAACUGUGAUGGUGCCGAAGACCAGGUGCGACAACUGCGGUUAUUGCACCGUCCUUAUAUUUCUCAUUUUCGUAGCAACGCGAUCAGUUGUAAGUGCUGUAGCCUUCUUCCUAUCGGCUACUAUUGAUCUCGCUGCUGUUCUGCUAGGAUUUCAGUCUGUUUUGGUGUACUUUGUGAUGACAUGAUGGACCACGAUGCUACUCACAGUUCAGAUGUUGGAGGUGGUCUAGUGCAUACGAUGUCGUACAGCUAUAUUGGUGUAGUAGCCAGUAGUAAUAUAUUGAUUCCAUUCA